GAUAGUAGAAUAUACAGUUAUGUCUUCAUCAUCUGCCCUGUUCAUCUCUAACGAUCUGAUUGCUGAGGUAUUAUCUCUUCUUAAAGUGAAAUCUGUUGUUCGAUUCAGAUGUGUUAGCAAGAAUUGGGAUACUCUCAUUUCCGAUCCCACUUUUGUGAAAUUGCAUCUCAAGAAAUCAGCAAAACUAAAUCCUCACUUCUUACUCAUCACUGAACAUAGAACAUUUAUCCCAGGUGAGUCCCCCUAUGGCAGUGAUGAUGAAUGUGAGUAUGAAUGCUGUGUCAUUCCCUACUCUAUAAGCAGCCUACUCGAGAAUCCCUCGUUCGCACUUUCUGUCGACUCUUACGACAUGGUGCAACACAAAGAAUGCUCUAAAACGAUUGGUUCCUGCAAUGGGUUGGUCUGUUUAAGUGGUGAAUCUAUCAUCCGUGCGGAUAAAGAGUGCUGGUUCCGGUUAUGGAACCCAGCCACUAGGACGACAUCGCCAAAAUUUGGAUUCUUACGCUACUACCCUGCUAAUGGCCGUUUCGAUUUUACCUUUGGUUAUGAUAAAUCUACAGGCAAUUAUAAGAUAUUUGCCUCACGUUACAUUAUGCGUGAAAGGAGAAGCGAGGUCAGAAUUCUAUGUUUGGGUGAUGAUGUUUGGAGAGAUAUUCAAACUUUCCCUGUUGAGCCCUUGUACUAUUCUCACACUGGGGUGUCUUUCAAAAGCACUUUUAACUGGUUAGCCAUUCAUAAUACAACUUCCUAUAACCUUGAUACUUAUAAGGAUAUUACUAUUGAUCAAUUUUUGAUUGUUUCGUUUGAUUUGAGCACAGAGACAUACAAUCAGUACUUAUUACCUCCUGAAUUUGAUGAAGUUCCACCUAAUGCUCCAAAUAUUGGUGUGUUGGGAGACUGUCUUUCUUUUUCUUAUUGUUCUAAAGAAACCCAUUUUAUUAUAUGGCAGAUGAAGAAAUUUGGGGUUCAAGAUUCUUGGUCUCAAUUUCUUAAAAUUGGUUAUCACAACCUUCAAAUUGAAUAUGACUAUAGUCACGAAUAUUUAAAGUUUCAUUUUGAAUUGGUUCCGUUGUUUCUUUCUAAGGAUGGUGAUACACUUGUACUUAAAGAAAGUCCACGAUACAAAGAAUUUCUCUAUAAUUGGAGGAAUGGUCAAGUAGUGCGAACAAAAAUUACUGCAAGUAAAACAACUACUACUACUACCGGUGAAACUUCGAAUUUGGUCUUAUGCUCAGCCAAUGGCUAUUUUGAAAGCUUAGUUUCAGUUUUUGGAGUAAUUAGGAGGAUCACCGAGACCUAAUACAAUGUGGAAAUUAAGAGCUUAGAAGAAGAGCAGUGUCUAGGGAGGAUGAAUUCAAAGGAACAUGGUUUGAAUUAGUUUGGAUUUUAGAAUGAAAUUUGUCCAGGUGUUUUGGAACAUGAUUUUUUCAUGUACUUUUUUAUAAACCUCAUUGGACACUUUCAUUUGUUAUGUAUUUGUUGGAUUUUCGUCUUGCUUUUUAUAUUCAAAAACUUCAGUUAAGGGCUGAAGCUGUUAGGUGCAUUCGGUUGUUUAUGUUUGAAUUAGUUGGGAGAGACUACAUAAUGUUGGCUUUUCUAUUUCAGCAACAAUUUGUCUUUCUUGUAACCAACUUUGAAGGCAUUUAUUAUUAGAGUAUUGUGAUAAUAGUAAUCCAUCAGUGCUAUUAAGAUAGAUGAAUCACCAACACCACAUGACUCACCACCGUCAACAAAACCGUCAAAGUCAAGUUUGGCUACAGGAAGGAAAGAAAGAGUAGUGAAAAUAAAGAGAUUGGCAUCGGCGUCGAGAUCUGGUGGGUGGCAUCAAAGAUCGAUGUAUGUAAUGCAAUGACUCAAAUUGAUAUGGAAGAUAUUUAAGCUAAGCCUCAUAAAAUUAUAGUUGAAAGCUACUGAGUUAUUGGUUGAUUUUAAUUCAUUGUCAUGGAAAAUCUCAAUAGUUUCUAGUCUAAUUUGCAGGCAUUCAAAGGUUGGUGGAGUGAUUGCUGUCAUGAGAUUAAAAGUUUCAGAUUUCAUGAAUUUAAUGAUGUUUCUUUAAUUAUAUAGUUACCCAAAGUAUGUGUAUGUUUCUUAGAGCAUGUUUAACGAUUCCUUAAUUUUGAUGUAAUUUUCUGUGACACUUGAAGAUGCUGUGCCAAUUUAAGGUAUCAAAACAUAGGAGACACCAGGUUAGCAGUUGAACUCGUUGUCAAUAUGAUCUAUAGUAGGAAACUUGAUGCUUAGAGCAUAAGCAAAGUAUAUGUAUAUAAAAUAGUUGAAUUAUAUUCUUGUGAAUCUUGUAGUCACAUAGAUAGUUCGUUAAUUUUAUUGAGCCUACGACUUUAGGUUUGAUUUUGAUACCUCGGGUGUGUGUUCUGUUUUAAAUAUAGGUGAAUAGGUUGGUUAAUAUUGUCGAUUUCGAUUGGCUGCCGAUUAUAAGAAUAUUGUUGUAGUGACUCCUUUAGCGUUGCACAACUAGUUUUUGUUUGCUUCCUGAGAUUACUGACAUAAAUACGUCUUUCAAUCAUUGUGGCACAUUGAAAUUUGGUAAUAUAUUAAGAACUUCUUGUGGAAGUGGGUGAUGAGUUGUUGAUUGGUUUAAAGUUCUUAUCAGUUUGCUUAACAGAUUUCCAACAAUAGUCCAGUGAGACGGUAGACAUUGUGGCACAUGGAUAAUGCAAACACACCUUAUUUGCUGCAUAGGCAAUUUCAUAUAUAUCAGAUACACCUUAUUUAGAUCAUUCCAUUUCUAGUUAAAACUAU